ACUAAGCAGAAGUCAGGAAAGACUUCUACAGCAUCCAUCCAUCCUUAGGAAAGACGGAAAAGAUCUUAAGCCUAGAGAGGGAAGGCGGAAAAGACCGGGAACUAAUUAGGGAGAUCAUUGAUUCUAGUCCCACCACCCCAGGUUCCAUCCACCUGUCUAUCAAGCGCCACCCACCGGCGGGACUCGCUCCGAGCGAGCGGGAUUUGGACACCUCCUCACCCUCGCUCGCUGGCUCGCUCGCUCACUCAACGGCGGCAUUGGCGGCAUUGGCGGCAUUCACAACAUGACCUCGGGAGGGGGGAAUGUGGCGGCCGCUCCACCACUCCAGUCGGCCCCCACGGAUGUGGAAACUCAGGCUGAGGGCCGGCGGACGGCCCCCGGCUCCCACCCCUUGUCCCGCUUGUCCACUUGUUCGGCCGAGGCGUGUCCGUCGCGUUACACCAACCCAUCGUUGGUGUUAGACUUGGAAGGCAAGCGUGUGAGCGUGGUCCAGUUCCAAAAGCAAGGCUUCCAUCAUCCUAUUCACGUGGCCGACAGCCUGGCCGACUUGCAAUUCGAGCCCACCAAUGCUGCCGACGAGAUGAUGUACCCCAAGGUUCAAAAGUACUGCUGGAUGUCGGUGAGUGGCGCCUGGGUCGACUUUCGCUUGGAAAUGGGUGGAGCGAGUUCAUGGAAUUACGUGCAUUCGGGGGUACUCGUCAUCUGGCUGAUACCACCUACGGAUGAGAACUUGCAACGAUUCGAAGAUUGGGCGGCAGGCGACACGCCUCAAGAUCGAUUCUUGCCGGAGAUGGUGGAUGCCUGCACGCGCUUCGAGCUCCACCGCGGGCAUACCUUAUUCAUACCCGCGGGUUGGAUCCACGCCAUUUUUUCUGUCCACGAUACUAUCGCGUUUCGAGGCAAGUUUCUUCACUCCUUCGGCAUAGAGAAGCAGCUACAGGCCGCCUACAUCGAAGAAGUCCUCAAGAUACCUCAGGAACGCCGCUACCCGUUUUUCACGGAGCUGCAGUGGUACGUGCUGGACCGUUAUGUCCAUUGUGUUUUGGGGCGAACCCGUCUGGAUCUGCCGGAAGAAGAGAAACGCCGCAUUCGAUUAGAGAAAGGCGACACGGUGGAUGCCAAUGAGGAAGUCUUUCGACUUUCGUCCGUGGUUGUGAGUGAUGACAAUGCCCGCGUGCAUUUAACCCUCUCCGAGCUCCACGGGCUGAAGUUCAUCAUCAUGUACCUGCAUCAUUUGCCCAAUAGUAAGAAGAGCGUUCCAUUGAUGUUGCCCGAUCCCAUUAGCAUCAUCAAGGAUGUGCGAGAACUCGUGCUGGAACACAACCAAGAUUGCCCUGAAGCCGCCGCUACUGGUCGAUACAUCAUAAAUUGGGGCGCUCAAGGCAAACGAGGUCGAAAGAGUGGCUUGUCCAAGCAGGCCCUCAUGGAAAUCAAACAUCAGAAAAAGACCUUGGCCGAUACCACGCGGAAACUACAGAAGAACCUCUCGAGUACAAGUAGCCGAAGGCGGAGAGUUCGUUGUAAAACUUGUCAAGCUUGCGUUGGAGGAGAUUGUCAAGUCUGUGCCUAUUGCAAGGAUAUGGUCAAAUAUGGCGGUCCAGGUCGAAUGAAACAGACUUGUGAAAAGCGCCGAUGCCUUCACCCGCAAUUGCCCGUUUGCGCUCAUUGUUCCAUUUGCAUGUUGGAUGGGUGGUUUAAAGAACCAAAGUUGCAGAGUAAAGAUGUAGAUCGACCCUCUACCGACGAUCCGCCCAAUUUGUACGAAUGCACAGUAUGUCUCGACAUCGUGCAUCCAGAAUGUGCCGAGAAAUCCUCCGGAUUGGGAAAUAUCAAUAAGGACUUGAGCAACUCAUGGGAGUGUGCCAAAUGCUCGCGGUCCGGAUUCUCACAAGUGCCCAGUCGGCAUACAGCUAGCAAAAAGCGCCCUCUGAACAAUCGGGAAGAGGGUGGCAAUAACGACGAUCACCCACCACAGUCCUCCGACCUUAUUUUGGGCGGAUCCUCCGAGAAAGUGCGCAAAACUUAAGCUUCGUCCUAGGGAUAAUUGACUUUACAUAUAACUAUUUAUACACACAAUAUUCAUCAAAUAUGUGCAUGCCUUAAUGUCACCAUUCCAAUUGUUCAAUCAAAAAGCGUUACCUUAGUCAGGGACGACGUUAUCACUGGAGGGAUGGUAAAGUGGGGGAAUGUAACUUUUAUCCACAAUCAAAUGUGGGUGUUAAAAGCAAUAAGCUCAUAAAAGUCAGCAAAUGUGUACAAAAUGACUGCCUUAGCACCACGUUGGCAGGCUCUUACUACUGAUGUAGGGCAAGUAGUCCGGUGCUUAACUUGCCCAAGUAGGAACUUGCCCCAACUUGGGUUUGUACACAGACACUUGAGGGGAAAAUGGUGUGGCCAAACUUACGCGACAAAUUUUAUACCAGGGCAAAUUAAAUCAAGUUAUACAAGAAAAGCAAUAAUGUGCACCAACAGUGACGCAGCAAUGUGGUUUUGGUUCAACGACUGGUUUGUUUCUAGCAAUCUAAAUGUAGCUACGAAGAAAAAAUCCUCAUUUUGCGGUUUUCCUCAGCUAACCGUCUGGGCUACCUACGUUAACAAUGUAUCUCUGCUUGGGCUAAGCUUGCCCAAGUUCUAGUACUUGGCCAAGCUUUGCUUGUAAACAAUCAGUACUUGGGGUGUCUGUGAUGACUUGCUACUUGCCCUUUUCCCAUCAGUAGCUCUUACUAACGUGGUGCUAGCUCAUUCACUUGGUGCUCUAAUCCAAAAAGAACUCAAGAGCUUCAAAUUCUCAAUUUUUAACAAAGAAGUUCGAUUAUGGAUUUAACCUUAAUCGAACUUCUAAAGCUUUUCGAUGUCUCUAAAUGGGUUCACUCAUGUGAAGGGAAAUGCAUUAGAUUGAUUAGGAAGGAAUUGCUCAUUUUCCCGCACUAUCCUCUCUGUCCAAUGGUGACGUCGGUCUUGGCUUUAUCAAUAUCGGAAUAAUCGAGACCUCGACCUCUCGGUCUGUGUAAUUUAUUCAAUCUACAUGUAAUAAAAAUGACACCCAGAGAGGAAGAGAGCCAUGUUCACUUGAAUAACUUUUUGACGGACAUGUUCUUUUCUGAAUCUUUCUGCAUGAUUUUGGCCACGGCCAUUUCGAAAUCCUCUUGGGUGACGUGAACGCGCCGCUCACGGAGGGCGUACAUGCCCGCUUCAGUGCACACACCCUUGACCUCGGCACCGGAUGCACCGGGCAUGAGUUCGGCGAUCUUUUUCAAGUUUAUUCCGCGCGUGAGGUUCAUCUUCCGCGAGUGGAUCUUGAGGAUGUCUAACCUGGCGUCCUCGUUGGGUGGAGGAAACUCUAUUUUUCGGUCAAUACGACCGGGUCGAAGGAGAGCAGAGUCGAGAAUAUCGAUUCGAUUGGUAGCCAUGAUGACUUUGAUGUUCUUGGUGGCCUCGAACCCGUCCAACUGGUUGAGCAGCUCCAACAUGGUGCGCUGGACCUCGGAGUCACCGCCGCCUCCCGAUUCAAUUCGAGACGAGCCAAUCGAGUCGAUCUCGUCCAUGAAGAUAAUGGAGGGCGCGUGUUCACGGGCCAUGACGAAGAGCUCUCGAACCAUGCGGGAUCCUUCGCCGAUGAACUUCUGCACCAGUUCAGAGCCGGACACACGAAUGAAGGUACAUUCGGUAUGAUGGGCCACGGCACGCGCCAACAACUAGAGAGAAGGAGGAGCGGUAACGUGAGUUUAACGGAUGGGAAACAACGAUUGCAUUUAGCCCAACAAGGCUGUGGUGUCGGUCUUACGGUUUUGCCCGUGCCGGGUGGGCCAUACAGUAGCACGCCUUUGGGUUGGGCGAUGCCCAGUGCGUCAAAGAGCUCGGGAUGCUUGACGGGUAGUUCGAUGACCUCCUUGAUCUCUUUGAUCUGCUUCUGAAGUCCUCCUACCAUCUCGUAGGUGGAGUCCGGAACCUUUUCCACCAUCAUGAGUGACACCUACAAGAUACAUGAUGCAUGGGAAAAGAAACAUGUAAAGACGGAAGUGCCCUUGGAAGCAACGGAUUGUACGGAAUGGACCGGACUCACCAGGGGAUCGACUUUGUUGGGCAGGAUCUUGUGGAGCGUGUAGCUAUCGUUGCGGAGGGCCACCCGACAAUUGGGCGUGAUAUCGUUGACGUCGAUGUUCUUAUCCAGAUCGACGACGAAUUUUCCCUCGGGAUGGACUUUGACCAGGACCUUCUUCUUGUCCAUGGCCUUGACCACCUCACCCACAUAGGAUCCUUGCUCUUGGAGGAGUUGGAGCUCCUCGCGUAGCAUGCGCACCUUCGCGUUGAGCUCAUUGCGUUGGGCUUGGAGGCGACGCAGGUUCUGGUUCUUCUCCGACACCGUCAACUCCAAGUCCUCAAUCUUGGUCACAUAGUACUGCUUCAAGCCGCCCAAUGGGUUACUCGGGCUCAACACGCCCUUCUCCGACGAGGAUGAGGAUGAUAGCAUGCUCCCGCGAAUGGGACGGAUGGACCCUUGGAAAUCCUUUAGAAU